CUCUCUGUCUCUGUCUUUCAUUUGAAUCCUGGGUAUCUUUUUGGACUCUCAACCGGAUUAGUCUCAGAGGCUUUACACGAGCCAUCUGUCGGGCAAUAGGACUAUUUACUACCAUCUGGCAACCAUUACUUACUAACUACGAGAUCUCACUGUAGGAAGAGUUGCUCGGCUCUUCAUGUCCUCCAUAUGGAACACGAUCAUCACUUUACCGCUUCUUCUCCUUAUCUCGAUACCCCUAAUUACAUCUGCCUGCUUCACCAUCUUCCUGGCAUUUGUAACUUUGUUCAUACGCUUCUCGUUUGUCUACAUUAAGCUUCUCUACGGCAUUAUCUCAAGCUAUUUCACCAUCCCCACACCCGAAAACACAUCCCUCUUGAGUUUUGCUGCGUCUGAACCAACUACACCAGGGAUUUCGGCGACCCCCAAGCGUCGCUCGUUGGACUAUGGCUUGACGCCGCUCUAUUCGAACUCUCUGGCAUACCGCCAGAGCUUUUCCGGCCCAGGGCGACCAGACUCAUUACGGCGCCGGCAAAGCUCGAACUCCUCUGAAGGUCGGGGUGAGCAAGAGAGGGUUGCCAUGGGAUCUUCCGGUGCAUAUAUCCCGAGAGAAUCGUUCUCCAUGAACUCUUCCCACCCCCCAACGACGGCCUUCCUUGGCCUGACAAGUGGGGACGAAGGCAGAGACUUCGAGGGCGUGGGCGGAUGGCGGACUCAAGCGUCAUCGAUUGGACUCCGUGGAUAUCUCUCCGGAUCAGCAUCGCCAUCCCCUAACGAUAGCGUGAGCGAUGAAGCAGACGAGAGGGCAUGGCUCUCCAUCAAUGAACGAUUACAGCUACCUACACAAUCUCUAACCCUGGGACACAGUUAUGACUCUCCAGAAAACCCAUUUUUGUGGGGAUCCAGGCAAAGGUCACCUGCUGUGGCAGACGCCCAUAGGGAGCGGCAUCACCAUCGCUCUGCUACAACGUCAAUGAUACCAAACCCUGGGUCUCGCGGUUCGCAUUCAUCGGCGUCCUUGUCAAAUCGCCCGGCUCCCCACCGGUCGAGAACAUUAGUAUCACCGCAUCCUCUACACCGACGAAUGUCUCACGAUAUUUCUCCUACUAGUCUUGCAGGAAACCCGCCGCGGAUGAACGCUCGUUCGGUGGAUGGAUCCGAAGGAUACUUCGCAGUACGACGCGGAAGUGCAGGAAGCAGCAGAUCCACGACAUCAGGAAGCUCGACACCAUUCGAGGAACAUAUGAUUCAGGGACCCAUGGCUCAUCAUUCGAUUGGUGUGAAACACCGCAAAAACAUACCGGGACCGAAUUCUGGAUCUCGAUUACGGCGACAUCCUGAAGCUGAACGUACAUUUUAGUGGGCUUACAUGUUCAGGUUUAAAAUUCCGCUGGAGAAAAUUACUUACCGGCGCUCGAAGUAUACAUCUGGUAAUUGAAUUACCCUGCGCUAAUCUUUGUUCCAUUUGCUUUUGAAUUUUUAUUUCGUCAAAUAUUCUGUGACACAGGUUUAUUUCUUCUGAGUGUCUGUGUUCGACUCUUUACCCCAAGCAAUAUCUGUAUAUACGAAUGGGUUGAGUGUCUUGUUGACGAUAUACUAAUUGACGACGGGAAUGAAUAUCACGAACAGCUAUAUUUC